GGUAGCGCGGGGGUGGAGGCGAGAGGGCAGCGGCGGCGACCGGUGGCAGAUCAGAAUGGUCCUGGCUCAGACCUUUGCCAUCUUCCUACUGAUGUAAGCACUGAAAAUCGCAUCUCCUGGAUAGGCAAGUCCUCACUACCCCUCGAAGCCACCCUGGCCACCAGCCCCACCUUGAUCUGCUACUCAACUCUGUGUUCCUUUUCAUGGCAAUGCCCCAGAAUUCAACUGGAGAAAAUGGCUUUUGUUUCACUCAGACACUUGACUUCUCCCACCCAUCUCCUUGUCCCAGCGAGGCUGGGCAGACCUUCGAUGCACUGAGUGGGCAGGAGGCCUGCAGCGCCUUGCUGAGCAAUGGCACAGCAUCCUCCGGUAUGCCCAGCCCCUCUGACUCCUGUGCCCAGCCCCUCUGCUCCACCGCCCCAGGAGAGGAGGAGACCCAGUUCAGCGAAGGGAUUAAAUACGUCUCGGCUGAAGGGGAGGACCUGGCAUGUGGCUGGGGGGGCUUCACCCCUGGGUGCUUACAGCUCUUUAACACGUCCAAGGGCGUCUUGUUCUUCCUGUGCGUGGCCUCCUUCCUGCAAGGCAUGACGGUGAACGGCUUCAUCAACACGGUGAUCACCUCCAUCGAGCGGCGCUUCGACCUGCGCAGCUACCAGAGCGGGCUGAUCGCCAGCUCCUACGACAUCGCCGCCUGCCUCUGCCUCACCUUCGUCAGCUAUUUUGGGGGCAACGGCCACAAGCCUCGCUGGCUGGGCUGGGGCGUGCUGCUCAUGGGCUUGGGCUCCCUGCUCUUUGCCUUGCCCCACUUCACCACGGGGCGCUACGAGGCGCGCUCGGCGGCGGAGGUGGGCGUCUGCGGGGGCAACCAGAGCCUGCCCUGUGCCCAGGCUGCCUCCAGCCUUUCCGGCUACCGGUUCGUCUUCAUGCUGGGGCAGUUCCUGCAUGGAAUGGGGGCCACGCCGCUCUACACACUCGGUGUCACCUAUUUAGAUGAAAAUGUCAAGACUAACUACUCCCCUGUGUACAUUGCCGUGUUCUACACUGCUGCAAUCCUGGGGCCUGCAGCGGGUUAUCUGGUAGGAGGAAUGUUUCUAAAUAUUUAUACUGAAAUUGGCAGAGAGACCGACAUGACCCCGGAGAACACGCUGUGGGUGGGGGCUUGGUGGAUCGGCUUCCUCGGUGCUGGAGCAGCCUCCCUGCUCAUCUCCAUCCCCAUCCUGGGCUACCCCCAGCGUCUCCCAGGGUCCCAGCGGUACAUCGUGAUGAGAGUGUCCGAGGCUCAUCAGCUCAAGGAUGGGAGCCACAAAAAAGCAUCAGAUCCAGACUUUGGGAAGACAGUUAAAGAUCUACCUCGCUCAGUACUGCUGCUUCUGAAGAACCCUACCUUCAUCUUCCUCUGCUUAGCAGGAGCCACUGAAGCCACCCUCAUUGCUGGGAUGUCCACGUUUGGACCCAAGUUCUUGGAAUCUCAAUUUAGUUUAAGUGCCUCUGAAGCUGCUACCUUUUUUGGUUACCUGGUGGUUCCAGCUGGAGGAGGAGGCACUUUCCUGGGAGGAUUCCUUGUGAAUAAAUUUAAACUCCGCUGUUCAGGCAUCAUCAAACUGUGUUUGCUCUGCACAGUGUCCAGUCUGCUGGCUAUAUUCAUUUUCUUUAUUCACUGCCCCAACAUGCCAAUGGCAGGAGUAACUCAGAUGUAUGAGGGAAGUGCUUUGCCUGGUGGCCACCUAAACCUGACAGCAGCCUGCAACGCCGAGUGUGGCUGUCUACAGGAGACCUACAGCCCUGUCUGUGGGAGCAAUGAUGUUAUGUAUUACUCUCCCUGCCAUGCUGGGUGCAAAAAGGUGUCUGAAAACCUCAGGAAUGGUAAGAAGGUCUAUCACGAGUGUAGCUGCAUUGAGAAAACCCUCCUGCCUGGCCCUGGUGAUGCAGAAGCAGGGAAAUGUGGCUCCUCUUGUGCCAAAAGACCCCUGCUCCUCUUCUUCAUGUUUGUGGUGAUCCUCUUCACCUUCCUGAGCAGCAUUCCUGCCCUGACUGCCACUCUGCGGUGUGUCUCUGACAGGCAAAGGUCAUUUGCACUCGGGAUCCAGUGGAUCGUGGUACGAACACUAGGAGGCAUUCCUGGCCCCAUUGCCUUUGGGUCCAUGAUUGAUAAAUCCUGCCUGCUGUGGCAGGACCAGUGUGGCGAGCAAGGUUCUUGCUACGUGUACCAGAACUCAGCCAUGAGCCGGUACACCCUCAUCGCUGGACUGGUCUACAAGGUGCUUGGGACAACCUUCUUUAUAGUCGCCUAUUUACUCUACAAACCUCCACCAGCAGAAUCAGCUCCAGGCAGCUCAGACACCUCUGAAAAUGGUAACAGUGACCUCCAGGAACACAAAGCUUCACUGCCAGCUGAAGAGGAUAUCUAGUGCUGCACGUGUGCAAGUGACUUUCUCAGCCUCAGAAAUACAACGAGAGGAUGUUAUGCAGUAAUAUUAUCACUUAUUUCUUUUUUGUAGUUCAAGAUAAAUAAUUUAAAUUAGCCACUGGUGUGCUUGUUAUUUUCCUAACAGCAGAAGCACCUUCCAAAUGGUGUGCUGAUGCCAUAGGCAGUUAUUUAAUUUAAUUUAAAGAAAGGGCUACCCUAGCUUUACCUCUGUGACAAGCCAGGACCACAUUCUCCACUCGUGGAAAUAAGCACCAGUAACUCCAAUGGAGCACAUGGGAUUUAAAUCAGCAGAGGAUCUGGGCUCUAAAUAUCUCAAUUGUAAAGUCAACUGUAGCAAAACUUUUGCUGGGACUUCCUAAGCCUGCAAGGAGCCCUGCUGUCCUGAGGUCUGCACGGCAGAGAGGACAGCUGGCCCUUAAAACUACUGUAUGCAAAGCACAUGGCCCCGACGUGUCCUCCUCCUUCCUGUGACACAGAACAUUCCUCCUUUUGUUCAGGAGCAGGUUAUCUAAUUAUGCAAAUUUGUCUUACUGUGUAAUGGGAGAUGGGUCUGAGAGGGGAUUUGUCUACCAAAUUCAUCAGUACACUACAGGCAGCCAGCCCCCAGAGCUGCUGAGUGCUGCACAUCCACUGCCUCACUUCAUCGCAGGGUUUACACCGUGGUGACACUUCCGUUUCUUUCAUUCCAAGCUGAUGCCUUUUGUAAUGUACUGUGCAAAACUUGAACUUUCCUCUUGCUGUUUGUUGGGUGUGGGAAGACAUGGGGUACAGAUCUAUGCAUGGUGUGGGAUGACAUGGGAUACAGAUCUAUGCAAUGCUUCUCUGUGCUUGCUUCGUGAAGAUGUUGAGUUCAGGCAGGUGAGAAAAGUCAGAAUGGGUUGGAUUUGUCUCUUCACCUCUUGCCUAAAGGCUAGCUUGCCCUAAGGACAAACUGCCUUGAGGACAGGGGAUGCUGACUUGUAACUGGCUUGCUUGUGAGUAGAGAGGGCAGUGUUCCCCAAACGACCUUUGAAUGUGCACUUGCAAUAUUGACCAGGACCUUUCUCAGGGGGGAAAGGUGGGAUUUGGGUGGGUGUAUGUCUGGCUUCCCUCUCAACCUAGCUCAGGUGAGGUUAGUGCUUAGCAUGCCUGUGUUUGCACAGCCACUCAAUCCAAGUACAGCUCUGAGGGAGGGCUGUGGCCAGCCCCUGGACACCUACACUGUAUACAUUGUGUUCAUGGGGACAGGACCUGAGCUGCAAAACUGUCCCUUCUUUUGUGCCAGCUGCUACUUUGCAGAUGUUUUUGUAUAUUUUGUGUAUUUGUGCUUUUGUAAAUGGACACAGGAUGGGCAUUUGUUUCCUUUGUUAGCAAAGGAGCAACUCUCAGAGAAAAAGUGAAACCAACCCUGUUGCAGACAGGGAUGGUGACACUGGGAGCGUGGUCAGCCUUCAAUGAGAAGAAAGCAGGUUCUUCCAUUCACAGAUUCCACUCCACCAAAGCCAGAUAGUGGUCCUCUUUCUUCCAAAGCCCAUGCUCCCCAGCCUCUGUCAAGUGCUGGGGGAUACUUCAGCAUCCCCAGUAACUGCUGGAUAGACUAGAAGGGCUAAGGGUGAGAUAGGGAGUGGCUUUUGGCUGCUUGAACAUGGGCAGCUGGUGCAGCUUUGAUGGGGCACAGCAUGCAGGAGAGCCCUUUGAUUUUUUACUAGGGAGGCAGGGUUCCCUGAUGCAGGAAGCAAUCCUGACACCAUCCAAACACCAAAAGCUUCUUCACAACCUCCACCUGGGUUUGGAGUUACCUGCAAACAUGAACCUGCCUCCAAGCCUUGCCCAAAAAUUGCCCUUCCCAGCUUCCAUACACUUUGGGUGCAAAGCCAGGGAUCUCAGAUGGGGAAAAUGCACGAAUGUAUUUGGGGAACACAUUUCAUGUCUGAUGUAUUUAUGAAAGGAAGAAGGUUUUCCUAAUAUAUGUAUGGAUAUUGCAAUGCAAUUCCAGUGUUUAUAAAAUGAGCUUUAUCUGAGUGUGAUGUUUCCAGAGCUAAAGCAAAGAACUCCUGGG